AUGUUAGAUAAACCUGGUCCUCCACCUCCCUAACCUGUUAGAUACCUGGUCCUCCCCCUCUCCCUAACCUGUUAAUACCUGGUCCUCCACUCUACCUAUCCUGUUAGAUACCUGGUCCUCCACUCUACCUAACCUGUUAGAUUUCCUGGUCCUCCACUCUACCUAACCUGUUAGAUACCUGGUCCUCCCCCUCUCCCCAACCUGUUAGAUAAACCCGUCCCCCCCCUUUCCCAAUCUGUUAGAUACCUGGUCCUCCACUCUCCCUAACCUGUUAGAUACCUGGUCCUCCACUCUACCUAAACCCGUUAGAUAUCUGGUCCUCCCCUCUCCCUAACCUGUAGAUACCCGGUCCCCACUCUACCCUAACCUUUAGAUACCUGGGCCUCCACUCUACCUACCUGUUAGAUACCUGGUCCUCCACUCCUCCCAACCUGUUAGAUACCUGGUCCUCCACUCUACCUAACCUGUUAGAUCAAGGUCCUCCACUCUUUCUAAAACCCGUUAGAUACCUGGUCCUCCACUCUACCUAACCUGUUAGAUACCUGGGGCCUCCACCUAUCUAAACCCGGUAGAUACCUGGUCCUCCACUCUACCUAACCUGUUUUAUACCUGUCCCUCCACUCUCCUUAACCUGUUAGAUACCUUUGGGCCUCCACUCUACCUAACCUGUUAGAUACAAGGUCCUCCACUCUACCUAACCUGUUAGAUACCUGGUCCUCCACUUUUACUAACCGUUAGUACUGGUCCUCCACUCUAUCUAACCUGAUAGAUCAAGGUCCUCCACUCUAUCUAACCUUUUAGAUACCUGGUCCUCCACUCUAUCUAACCCGAUAGAACAAGGUCCCCACUCUACCUAACCUGUUAGAUACCUGAUCCUCCACUCUAUCUAACCUGAUAGAUACAAGGUCCUCCACUCUACCUAACCUGUUAGAUACCUUGUCCUCCACUCUCCCUAACCUGUUAGAUACCUGGUCCUCCACUCUACCUAACCUGUUAGAUACCUGUCCCUCCACUCUCCCUAACCUGUUAGAUACCUGUCCCUCCACUCUCCCUAACCUGUUAGAUACCUUGUCCUCCACUCCACCUAACCUGUUAGAUACCUGUCCCUCCACUCUCCCUAACCUGUUAGAUACCUUGUCCUCCACUCUACCUAACCUGUUAGAUACCUGGUCCUCCACUCUACCUAACCUGUUAGAUACCUGGUCCUGCACUCUUCCUAACAUGUUAGAUACCUGGUCCUCCACUCUACUUUACCUGUUAGAUACCUGGUCCUCCACUCUACCUAACCUGUUAGAUACCUGGUCCUCCACUCUACCUAACCUGUUAGAUACCUGGUCCUCCACUCUACCUAACCUGUUAGAUACCUGUCCCUUCACUCUACCUAACCUGUUAGAUACCUGGUCCUCCACCCUACCUAACCUGUUAGAUACCUGGUCCUCCACUCUCCCUAACCUGUUAGAUACCUGGUCCUCCACUCUACCUAACCUGUUAGAUACCUGUCCUCCACUCUACCUACCUGUUAGAUACCUGGUCCUCCACUCUACCUAACCUGUUAGAUACCUGUCCCUCCACACUCCUUAACCUGUUAGAUACCUGGUCCUCCACUCUACCUAACAUGUUAGAUACCUGGUCCUCCACUCUACCUAACAUGUUUAGAUACCUGGUCCUCCACCUCUCCCUAACCUGUUAGAUACCUGGUCCUCCACUCUCCCUAACCUGUUAGAUACCUGGUCCUCCACUCUACCUAUCCUGUUAGAUACCUGGUCCUCCACUCUACCUAACCUGUUAGAUACCUGGUCCUCCACUCUACCUAACCUGUUAGAUACCUGGUCCUCCACUCUCCCUAACCUGUUAGAUACCUGUCCCUCCACUUUCCCUAAUCUGUUAGAUACCUGGUCCUCCACUCUCCCUAACCUGUUAGAUACCUGGUCCUCCACUCUACCUAACCUGUUAGAUAUCUGGUCCUCCACUCUCCCUAACCUGUUAGAUACCUGGUCCUCCACUCUACCUAACCUGUUAGAUACCUGGUCCUCCACUCUACCUAACCUGUUAGAUACCUGGUCCUCCACUCUCCCUAACCUGUUAGAUACCUGGUCCUCCACUCUACCUAACCUGUUAGAUACAAGGUCCUCCACUCUACCUAACCUGUUAGAUACCUGGUCCUCCACUCUACCUAACCUGUUAGAUACCUGUCCCUUCACUCUACCUAACCUGUUAGAUACCUGGUCCUCCACCCUACCUAACCUGUUAGAUACCUGGUCCUCCACUCUCCCUAACCUGUUAGAUACCUGGUCCUCCACUCUACCUAACCUGUUAGAUACCUGGUCCUCCACUCUACCUAACCUGUUAGAUACCUGGUCCUCCACUCUACCUAACCUGUUAGAUACCUGUCCCUCCACACUCCUUAACCUGUUAGAUACCUGGUCCUCCACUCUACCUAACAUGUUAGAUACCUGGUCCUCCACUCUACCUAACAUGUUAGAUACCUGGUCCUCCACUCUCCCUAAC